CCGCAGAGUCUGGUCCGGUGCUGGAGAGACACGACGCCAUCUUCAGCUGCUUCACUUCCGUUUUGCUGUUUUGCUUUACUGGAUGUGAGCAGGCAGGGAUCUGUCAGUACAGCGAUCAUGGGAAGAAAGAAGAAAAAGCAAAUGAAGCCUUGGUGCUGGUACUGUAACAGAGACUUUGAUGAUGAAAAGAUACUCAUUCAGCAUCAGAAGGCCAAACAUUUCAAGUGCCACAUAUGUCAUAAAAAGCUGUACACGGGCCCGGGGCUUGCAAUCCACUGUAUGCAGGUACACAAAGAGACCAUUGAUGGGGUUCCUAAUGCAAUACCUGGAAGAACAGAUAUUGAGCUGGAAAUAUAUGGCAUGGAGGGUAUUCCUGAAAAAGACAUGGAAGAGAGAAGAAGAGUGCUAGAACAAAAGAACCAAGAGACUCAAAAGAAGAAGCAGAACCAGGAUGACUCUGAUGAGUACGAUGAGGAUGACGAGCCUGGUCCCUCCUUCCAGCAGCCUGCCGUGGGCCAGCCCCAGGCAGGCUACAUCCCCCCUAUGACCCAGCACGGCAUGCCUCCUGGCUCUGGUGCUCCAGGGAUACCACCGGGCAGCUACUCAGGAAUUCCCCCAAUGAUGCCAGGUGUGCCUCCAAUGAUGCCAGGAAUGCCCCCCGUACUGCCAGGAAUGCCUCCAGGGAUGAUCCCAAUGGGUGGGAUGAUGCCUCCAGGUCCAGGGAUGCCUCCAAUGAUGCCAGGUGUGCCACCAGGCAUGCCUCCUCCUGUGGGCCACCGUCCAGGCAUCACACACAUGGCUCAGGUCCCCCCUGCUGCAAACAUGCUGACUAGACCUGCUGUUCCUGCUGCAGCAGCCCCUUCAGCCCAGCCUGAUGUCACUAAGCCUCUUUUCCCCAUUGCUGGACAGAUGGGCAGUCGCGUUGCAAGUACAAGUGCAGGCUCAUCAAGUGCAGACUCUCAGUCUGUCGCAUCACAAAGUCAGCAGCCAAUGUCAGGGUCCCCCCACCCUCCCCCCUCUACCUCCUCUGAUCCAUCAAAGCCCACAUUCCCGGCCUACACUCAGGCCACCGUAGCUGUGGCCAGCCCCAGCGCUGGCAGCAGUACAGUCUCCAAACCUCCCUCUACUGUGACCAGUAAGCCCGCCACCCUCACCACCACCAGUGCAACCAGUAAGUUGAUCCACCCUGAUGAGGAUAUCUCACUGGAAGAGUUGCGGGCUCAGUUGCCCAGGUACCAGCGGAGUAUUCCCCGCCAAGCCCAGACCACCGCUGCUGCCCCGUCAGUGGGUCCUGUGGGUGGCAUGAUGGCUCCUCAGCAGGCCGGCAUGAGGCAUCCCAUACCUGGACAGUAUGGUGGUCCACCCCAGGGGAUGCCAGGCUACAUGCCAGGAGGGAUGCCUCCAUACGGACAGGCCCCUCCUGUGGUCCCCCCAGGCUACCAGGGAGCUCCUCCACGGCCACCCAUGGGUAUGAGACCUCCUGUCAUGUCUCCAGGAGGUCGCUACUGAAGCCUGCCUUCCUCUCUUCAAUAGGUUUGGACACUCAACCCUUUUCUAAUGUCCUCAGCUGCUAGUAGACACACCAGUAUUGGUAUGCUAGUACCACGACAUACUGUUUAUUCUACUACUGAGCUAUGAGGAAGAGACACUGAAUAAACAGCAAACAAAAGAGCUAUAGAAGCAUCUCAGAGCGCAUGGGAAAUAUUUACACUGUACCUAACCAAGACUUUGAACUGUUGUUUCAAACCAUCUCUGUUCUGUGGCUUUUUUUCCUUCUCAUGUUUCAUUUAGGUGUAUAGAAGUGUAGUAGAUAUGGUUCGUAGUGUUGUGAAGGCGCUGGAGUUACAUGGGCAGUACACACCCUUAAUCAAGGCAAGUUUUAUGUAAAUCCAUUUCUGUUCUAGACUAAACAGUGAGGCCUUCACAGCACGUAGUGCUGUUGGACUUAGUGUCCCCAACAUUGUUUGGUGAGGGCUUCAAACAACUGUUUAUGCAUUUAUUCUGUUUUAUUCAUAGUUUUAAUGAGGAAAUACUCCCUCAACCUUAAAUAGAUGAAGCACUAAAUGAAAUGGUAAAUGUAUUGUUGUAAAACUGUAUUGUAAUAAAAUGUGGCAAAAA